AUCAUUCAUACAAACCUUACAUGGUAUCAGAGCCUGGUUUCGAUCCAGGGACCUGUGGGUUAUGGGCCUUUCUCAGUUCAUGCAUGCACCCACGACAGUGCAUUGGCAGCACGUCAAUCGCCUUCUUCGUUAUGUGGCUGGGAAUCGCACUUUAAGUCUCCGCAUCAGUCGACACCGCUCACCUCUUCAGCUUCGUGUAUUCUCUGACUCUGACUGGGCUGGUGAUCCUGAUGACCUCACUUCCACCUCUGGUUUUUUGGAUUAUCUUGGUGAUACGCUUAUCUCAUGGAAGUCUAAAAAGUAAUGCACUGUUGCUCGCUCUAGCAUUGAGGCUGAGUAUCGUGCGCUAGCUCUAGCCAUGUCAGAGGUUCAGUGGGUUCUUAAUAUCUUAUCCGAGCUUCAUCAACCUCUUUCGUCGGCCCCGACCCUCUACUGUGAUAAUUUGGGAGCAGUUCACUUCAGCUCGAAUCCAGUCUUUCAUUCGCGCAUGAAGCAUCUUGCGUUGGAUUAUCAUUUCAUGCGUCAAUUGGUCCAGACUAAGAAGCUUGUUGUUCGUCAUCUUCCCACCGCGUCACAACUUGCGGAUAUCCUCACCAAGACAUUGUCGCGUACUCGGUUUCAUCUACUACAGUCCAAACUGGGGCUAGCUGACGCCGCCUCCAUCUUGCGGGGGCGUAUUAGGGAUAAGUAGUCUUAUCCGUGUUAGUUUUGUAUUCCUUGUAUGAUAAGUAGUCUAUUACCUUGUCCUUGUUGUAUACUCUUACUCUCUUGUAAUCCUUGGGUUAUAAUUACCCUCAGUUGGUUAAUGAUACACACACAUCAUUCAUACAAACCUUACAGCAGAGACCAGACUCUAGAGUUUAGGGUAAGAGUUACAAUAUUACUUAUUCGAUGUUAUUUUUUUGGAUCAGUGGUUUAAUAGACAUGCAUGGAUGAUCCAAAGAUUUUUAACUGUGAUUUUAUUUUUCGUUCAUUUGUCUUUGCAUAUAGUAGGUGAACUGAAUGUGGAACCUGUUGUUGAAAUUUUCCAGCUUGAACAAGCUGCUAUUGAUGCAUCGUGCUAAUGGUAAUGAGGACGAACUGGAAGAACAAUGUACAUAGGUUAACAUUUGUUGUGUGGCCUCACUUCACUAGAGUGAGGAUUAAUGGGGGUAAUGAAAGCAAUGUGUAAGUACUGCAGGAAAUCAAUUUGUGGGGAAACAAUCAACGGAACUUCACAUAUGAGGAACCAUAUCAUGUACCUAGAAUAAGAUACAUGAUGUAUCUGGAAAAAAAUUUGGCCCCAACUAUCGAUCUACAGGUAAUCCCCAACUCUCUGCUUCUCGGUACAAUUCUGAUGUGUGUAGGAAGGAACUCUGUUCUAUGAUUUUGGUCCAUGAGUACCCACUUAGCAUUGGUCACUUAGGGUUGAAACAUUUAUGUUGUUAUUUGCAACCACAGUUCACUGUUCCUUGUAGAAACACUGUGAAAAAGGAUUAGUGGCUUUGUAUGAGGUUCAAAGUAGCAAAUAUCAAAGCAUUCUUAGUUGUAACUUGGGUAGGAUUUUUGUGACUACUGAUUUGUGGACGGCCUCAAAUAAGAAAAGAGGGUAUAUUGUUAUAACUGGCCACUUUAUUGAAAAUUCUUGGAAGCUUCGUAACAUUAUGAUGAGGUUUAUGUAUGUUCCAGCCCUCACGCAAGUUAAAGACUUGCUGAUAGAUUGUUUGAUUCUCUUUUGGAUUGGAAUAUUGAUAGUAAGUUGUCCUCAAUACACUGGAGAACUGCACCACCAAUGAUUCAAUGAUAUUUCAUUUGAAAAAUAAGCUUGUGACGAGUGACAUGUUGAUGGAUGGUAAAUUGGAUCAUAUGAGGUGUUCAGCGCAUAUUCUGAACUUGAUUGUGAGGAAUGGUUUGGAUGCAAUCAAUGACGUUAUGCAUUUGAUUUGGAAGAGUGUAGUUUGCUGGAAUUCUAUACCUACAAGGAUUCAAACCUUCUUCGAAACUGCUAAGCAACUGAAAUUGUCUUUUGAGAAGAAGCGCUUACUUGAUUGCCCAACUAUAUGGAAUUCUACAUUCAUAUGCUCUAUGUUGCUCUUCCAUAUAAGGAUGUGUUUUUUCGUUUGAGCAUGAGAGAUAGUCAAUACACAUGAGUUCCUUCCAAUGCUCAUUGGGAAUUUGCAUAUGUUGUGAGUGAGAAUAUGGAAAUUUUCUCUAAGAUUACUGUGUUGUUCUUCGAUUCCAAGUAUCCAAUGGCCAACCUCCCCCCCUCCCCCGGAAGAUUUUUGAUCUUAUAUUGAAAAUGAUUAAGUGGGAUGUUAAUCCCAAUCCUGUGAUUUUUGAGAUGGUCAGUAAGAUGUCCAUGAAGUUUGCUAAGUACUUGGAUGAUGUCCAUCUUUUUCAUGUUGUCUUAGUUGUUAUGGAACCUUGACAUAAGCUACAUUUUAUUGAGUACUAUGCUGCAAAGUUUGGCAAUAAUAAUACUGAUUUGGUGGCUGACAAUAUCAAGCAAAUUAUCUAUGGUUUGAUUCUUGAUUAUCAAAACCAAAGUUGAAAAGAAAUUUGGUUCUAGAAC